UAUCAUUUUAAAAACAUGUUAAUCCUAAUUUUCCGUAAAAUACUCAUUACCUACGAUAAUAUUAAGUAUUUUUUAUGAAAAAUUACAAUAGUAAUUAAUACAAUAUAUUUUGGAUAUCAAUGAAUAUUCAUUAUUGAAGUCAAUAUCAUUAUAAUAUUGUUAUUUUGUUGAGAAAUUAAAAAUUCUUAGAUUAAAAAUAAUGUUUAAAUUUAGUAUUGCUCUAUGUUAAUACAAGUAGAUACCAAGCUUUAAUUAUUGCUUGAAACAUAAUGAAUGAAAUGGAAGAACGAAAAUGGUUAAAAAAAAAAGAAAAAGCAUUGUUGGAAAAUAAUUUUGAAAAUCUUUAUUAUGCUUGUAAAGAAUUGGCUGACAUUUAUGUUAACCAAGAAGAUUAUCAACAAGCAUUGAACCAGUAUGAACAGUGUGAAGAAGCAGCUAAUCGCUGUGGUGAUGAAACACGUUUGGGUGUUGCAAAUCGAAUGAUUGGUGAAAUGUAUUGUUAUCUGAAUGAUUUUAAAAAUGCUAUUAAACAUCAGAAACUUCAUCUUAAAAUUUCUAAUUCUAAAAAUGAUAUAGUUGAACAGCAAAGGGCAUUAGCCACAUUGGGUCGUACUUAUUUUUUAUGCUCUGAAACAUUUGAUACCAAUGAGCAUAAAAAAUCAGAAGCACUAAGUACAUCUGUUAAAUAUUAUCUAAAAAGUUUAGAAGUAUGUAAUAAACUAGGUAAAGAAGUUGGCACAAAAACUUUAUCUGAGAUGAAAGCAAGGCUUUACCUUAAUUUAAGUCUUUGUGAAGAGUCAUCUAAUGAAUUGAAUAAAUCAAUGGAAUACAUAAAUAAAGCAAUGAAAUUAUGUACUGAUGCAGAUUUGAACGAAGAAUUAUGCAAGUGUUAUUCUAUAAAGAGUACUUUAUAUUCUAAGCUAGACAAUUUUUCAAAAGCAAUUGCUUGUGUUGAUCAAGGUCUUCAAAUUGCAUCUAGACUUUCAAAUAAAAAGUAUAUUGGAACAGAACUUUUAUGCCUUAAGGCUGAACUUUUAAUAGACAUAAAUGACUACCAGACUGCUAAGCAUGCAAUGAUAAAAGCAUACAAACUAAAAGUGCCUAUUAAAAAUGAAUUUGAAGAAGUAAUAAAAAAACUAAAAAUAAUUGUUGUCAUGUGUCAAGUUGAAAAUAGUUUGCUAUUAGCGUCACAAAUAGAUUACGAGCAACGAAGACAAUUAAAUGAAAAACUGGGAGAUGCUUGCGUAGCACUAAAAAAAUAUUCUAAAGCAAUUACUUACUAUGAGAAAAUGUUGGAAAAUUCUGAACGUUGUGGUAUGACUGAUAAAAGUUUAAUACCUUGUUAUGUUUCAUUAGCACAAACAUACAAAGAUAAUAAGCAAUACUACCAAGCAUUAGAAUAUUUUUAUAAAGAAUUGAAUCUUUAUAGUGAAAAUAGUAUUGAAGCUUGUAAAACUUUAUUAAAUAUUGCUGAUCUUAUGGAAUCUCAGUAUGAUCCAUUUGAUAAAAUUUUUUCAAUAUAUGAAAGAGCUCAACAUAUUGCAAAAAAAAAUAAUGAUGGAUACUUACAGCUAGCAGCAGUUAAAGGAAUGAAGUGUUUAGCUGAAGACAGAAAUAAAUCUGAAUUAGUCAAUGACUUGAAAAAUGAACUAAAUAAUCUGCUUAAGUAUGAAACUGAUUCAGCAGAAGAUGAGUAUGAUGUUCCAGAUAUCUGGGAUGAUGUAUCACUUAAAGACCUUUCUGAUAUCGAUGAAGACGAGGAUGAUAAAAAAAGAAAGAGGCAUAAACAGACUACAAUACCAGAAAAGAAAAAUGAAAAAGGAGAAACUCCUAUCAUACCUGCUUGUGCUAAGGGUAAUGUUAAAUUAGUUUUAAGUUUAUUAAAACAAGGUCAUUCAGUAAAUGCAGGUGACGCUUUAGGAUGGACUGCUUUACACGAAGCUAGUAAUUAUGGAUAUGUUGAUAUUGUUAAUGUCCUUUUAGACCAUGGUGCUGAUAUUAAUAAUCGUGGGGGACCUUGUUGUGAAGGUAUUACACCUUUGCAUGAUGCUGCAGCGUGUGGUCACCUAGAAGUUAUAGAUUGUCUUUUAGAUAGAGGUGCAAAUCCUUUGGUUAGAACAAAUAAAGGAGAGACACCACUUGAUUCAUUGAUAGCUUGUCGUAACAGAGUAAUUUUAGAGGAAAAAAAGGAAUUAGAUUCAAAUAAAUUAGCUCAUUUUUGGUCAAUUGUAGAACGCCUUAGUGAAUGCUUACGAAAAGCUGGUCACACCCCACCGGUACCUUUGACUGAUGUAGAAGAAAUAUUAAAAAAUGGACAACAAUCCACUGAUAACUAUUUAGGAAUAAUACCUGAUAGUCAUAAGGAAUCAAGAAAACCGUAUAAAGAUAUUGAAGAUUUUGACAGAUUAGAGAGAAAAGAGAAAAAUAUUGAAUUUGAAGAUGUCUAUACAUCUGGUGCUGCAGAAGACUAUAAACAAACCAUUAGUCAGUUAAAAAAUCACAACAAGAGACGCCGAGAAAGUGAAAUACAGUUUGAAGUGUCACAGCCGCCAUUGGUUGAAAAUUCAGCUGAUGAAUGGUUAGAAGAAGAUAUAAUUAUUAAGCCAAAAAAAAGAUAUUGUACUGAUACAAUUAAGAAUGAUUAUUCACCGACGAAAGAAAUCAAUUUUGAAGAUAAAGACAAUUGGCUUAAUGAUGAAAAAUUUCCUGAUGUUUCUUCAGAUGUUGAGUCAAAUAAAGAAGUUCAAUGUUUUACUCCAGAUUCUGAUGAAGACUUUGAUAAUAUUACUGUUAUUUUAGAUAAACAAAAAGAUUUAGUUAAAAAUAAGUAUAAGCCUCUAAUGCUAUCCACAAGUAAAAAAAAAUAUCAAAGUAAAUUAGAAAAUCAAGGAUUUUUAAAUAUAAAAAAUAUUUCACAGGAAAUUGAUGAACCAGCUCCAAUAUUUCAACAUGUGAAGAGAGAUGACACUUUGAGAAACAUUAAUCGUACAAUUAAGGUGAGGAUUGAGAAUAGAUUAUUCCUUGUACCAAUACCUGCAAGUGAAGAAAACAUUAAUUUAAAAUGGCUAUCUACUGAAGCUUCAAGGCGUUAUCAAAAACUUGAAGGUGUGAAUCCUAUUUUAAAUUUGACUACAGAUGAUGGAGCUUUAUUGGAUGAAAAUGAUCCUAUUGAUUUAGUUUAUGGGUUACAAGAAGUUUUGGGAAACAUUGUUGGAUGGAGUACAGAGACUCUGAUUGAAACUUAUAAAAAAUUAUGCGUGGAAUCAAAUACUACCUUCAAUGAACCCAUAUCUCAAUUUUUAGAUGUUCUACAGGCAACUGGAACUUUGGACAUGUCAGAUUAUGUAAUGAUGCCUAAUGUUUUAAAUAUAACACUGAAUGUAGCAUGCCAUUAUCAUAAUUUACAACUAUUGUACUUGUCAGGCGUGGCUCUUGAAGAUAACGGAAUGAAAAUGUUAUCAGAAUACAUAUCUAAUUUACAGCGGUUAAUCAAACUAGAUAUAAGUUGCAAUAAUAUUAGUUCUAUAGGUAUAGGUUAUUGGACAAAUUCAAUAACUAAUAAUAAAUGGCUAAUUAAUCUAGAAUCUUUGAAUAUUAGUCAUAAUCCUAUUACUAAUGCAGGUCUAGCUCAUCUCCGUUUAAUUACUCAGCAUUCUACUAGUUUACGAUCUUUGUACAUUCGCGACAUAGAUAUUGACCAUGAUUGUUAUGAUUAUGCAUCAGAGCUUUACUUAGAUAAUAUUGAAGACUUGGACUUGAGUUUCAAUAUGUUAGGACGAACUGGAGUUUCAGGAUUUUUCAUACGACUGGACCCUAUGCGUUUAAAAUAUUUAAAUGUACGCAAUACAGGUUCAUCAAUGGUGCUACGAGAAUGCACGCUGUUUUUAGAGCGUAGUCAAGCUGAUUGCCUUCAUUCUAUAGAUUUAUCCAGUCUUGAUCUUGAAGACGAAGACUUAGAUUUAUUGUGUAAUUGUUUGGAAUCUGCUGGAAAUUUACGGCAUAUAUGGCUAGCUGACAACCCAAAGGUUACUCAAAUGUGCAUAGACAGAAUCAAACAUUUAAGUGUCAAAUUUGUUCAUAUGGCUGGCUGUAAACCAGUUGAUAUUUCACAAUUUGAUUCUAUCGAUCUAAAACAAAUGUCUAUAUCUGGUUAUGGUGAUUCAAUUUUAUUUAAAAAUGCUCCGUACAAUGUAAAAGUGUCGCUGUGAUUAAACAUUAUUUUUUAUAAAUUAUUUAUAACUUAUUUUUGUUAAAAAUAUAAUAGAACUUACUUAUACCAUGUAUUAGUUAUUAUUUUUUUAUUUAAGAUUAUACUUUUUGUAACAUAAUUAAACAUAUUUAAAAAAUACUAAACUUUAAACGUAUCUUAUAUUUUAAAUUUACAAUUAGUUAUAAUUCAUAUUAUAAAUUAGUUUUAACUUACCUUGAAUUUACUUUAAUACAUAUUUUAUAUAAAUUGAGACGAUAAAGAUGAGUUUAUAUACUUGUAUGAAUUAAUAGAGAGUACCAUGGUAUUAAUUAUAUUUUAGAAAUAUAGACAUUUAUAAAAAUAGUCUAUUUAUAUUCUAAUUGAAAAUUAAAAAUUAUUUUCUUUGUGAUUGAGUUUAAGUUUAUAUUUUUAAAUUAAACUGUUGACAAACUGACAAAGGUAUGUUUUAAUAGAAAUCAUACAAUUAUAGUAGUAACACUCGUGUAUACAAUAGAUAUUUAAGGAUAAUAUUUUAUGUAGACACGUUCAGUAUACACUAUACACUCAUUACUCAUAAUACAUUAUAUUCUUGCUUAUAGUGGUUGAUAACUUAUGUGCAAUAUUAUUUAAUUUUAGAACAUAAAAUAAAAAUGUAUUGCUCAAUAGGUUUAGUUGUGCAGUAGUUAUACACACACCUUUUGUAUAAAAAAUAUCAAAAUAAUACUUAAAACAUUUAAUAUCAGUCUUUUAAAGAUUUAAAUGUUUAAUCUUAGAUUUUUGGUUUAGAUAUUGUACUCAGUGGCCACUCCAAUUUCACAUGGAUAUAGUAUAUGUAUAUGCAAUUGUUUUCUUAUCCUGCAGGAUUUCAUAAUGGUAGUGUAUGCACAUAAUACAAUUCUUCACAUUUUAAAUUAAUGCAAACUUGAAUUUUUGUAUUUCUUAUUUCUAAGUAAAAUGUGGUCUGUUGAUUUACUUUUGUUUUAUUGUUAUUAUUAUAAUUAAAGUGGUUAAUUUUGUGAUCGUAUUGGUUGCCUUUUGUUAUCUAAUACUGAAAAAAAAAUGUUAUUAGGUGAAUACUUUCUUAUGAAAUUGAUAAAGACUAAAACUGUGCAUUAUGUAAUUAUUUGGCCAUCCAUACAUUUUGGCAUUGUGACAUAAAUAAUCUAUCUAUCUACAGAUAUUAUUUUUUAAAACUACCUACUAAAAGUGUCUAUGAAUAGAAAAUAAAAUGGGUAAUUACAUUACAAAGUUAUGUUACCUACUUAUUAUAAAAAAAAAAAAAACAAUAUAUUUUGUAGUUACAUAAACUAUUAUUAUUAUCAACAACAAAAUAAUUGCUUGAGUAGUUAUUUAUUAAAUUUAUUUCACAACGGUACUAGAUUACUAUGCUAUUAUAUUAAUAAGUAAUAACUAAUAAUUAUGCCAUUCAAUUAUAUUAUAAUUACUUUUGGUUCAUUGAUAAAUAGAUUUUUAUGCAGAUAUUUUAAAUUAUUUAGUUUUUUAAGAGUUUUUGUAACUGCACAAAAUCUAAAUCACCUAUGUCUACUAUUUUUUUUUUCAUUUUGACGUACAUAUUAUUAUUUUAUUAUUCGACACUUGUUAAUUGUUAUAGACAUUACUAUGGUUCGAAAGUUGUAAGAGUUACAUAUUGUUCUAUAUGUUCUCGGUAUAUAACAGACCAAACUAGAUAUCUGAACUAUGUAAUGGCGUGAGCUUAAAAAUCGAAAAUUUAAAUUUCAUAUUUUUUUUGUUUUGUCAAUUUUAGGGAAUUGUAUAUUUCAUUGAUUUUCAUUCUCAUAUUAUGCAUAAUUUAAUGUUUUUUAUUUUAUUAAAAUAAUUAUUUUUUCUUUUCUAUGUAAUAAAAACACAUUAUUAUUAAA